UAUAUAUUAUAUAUGCGCUUUUAAUUUGGCCCAACAAAGGCCCAAUAUUAUAGGCCCAAAUAAGCCAAUCUCUUAAUAAACCUCCCCGACGUGUCUCCGGUGCUCUUCUGUGCAGUUAUUCAAUGGCGCCUGAGAGCAAAGCCAACUCAAACAAGAGGAGAAGGCACUACCUUCCCCACAAUAAGCCGGUGAGGAAGGGCGCUUAUCCUUUGUGUCCAGGAGUUGAGGGUUUUUUCAUAACGUGUGAUGGUGGAAGGGAACGCCAAGCUUCUCAUGAAGCUAUCAAUGUUAUCGACUCUUUUUAUGAAGAACUUGUGGAUGGUGCAAAUUCAAAAUUGGUAGAGGCAGAAAUACCUGUGAAGCCCUUGAACAAGAUAACCAAAUUCACCUACUCUGAUUCUUCCAGUGAUGAUGAUGAGGAUGAUGAUGGUGAGGAUGACGAAAAUGGCAAUGCUGAUGGUAAGAAAGAAGAGGGCGACAUUGGGAAUGUUGAUGUCUCCAAUGAUGGUGCAAAAACAAGUGAUAAAUCAGGGCUUGAAACUAAGGAUGGUGAGCUUGAUGAGAAGCAAGGUCAAGACAAAAAGGAGGAAUCUGAGAAUCAAGAAGCCGAAGCUGUAGAGCCACCACUUAAGAAACAAUGCGUGGAAGAAUCGCAAUUGAUUGAUGGAAAUGUGCCCAAGAAGGUGGAGAAUAAAUCUAUUGAUAAGCUAAUUGAAGAGGAGCUUGCCGAAUUGGGCGAUAAGAGCAAGAGGCGUUUCAGUAAACUCGACUCAGGCUGCAAUGGUGUCAUAUUUAUUCAAAUGAGGAGAAAAGCUGGAGAUCCCGACCCAAAAGCUAUCGUCCAACAUAUGAUGACUUCUCUUGCUUCAUCCAAGAAGCAUUCAUCAAGAUUUCUGUUGAGAGUGCUUCCAGUUGAGGUAACAUGCUACACUUCAGAUGAUGAAAUCAAACGAGCAAUUAAACCUCUAAUUGAGAAGUAUUUCCCUGUUGAAACUCAGACGCCUCGCAAGUUUGCAGUUUUAUACGAUGCUCGUGCAAAUACCGGCAUUGAUAGAAUGAAAGUCAUUGAUGCAGUAGCCAAAUCUGUUCCAUCCAUCCACAAAGUCGAUCUGGCCAAGCCGGAUUUAACUAUAAUGGUCCAAAUUGUCAAGACCGUGUGCUUGAUCGGUGUCGUGGAGAAGUACAAGGAAUUGUCGAAAUACAAUUUGAGGCAGGUCACGGCAUCCUCAGCUGCACCUAAAUCUACACAUCAAAGCAGUAACUGAGCUUCUUACAGGUAAUUUUCUUUCCUGUUCAAAAUGCAUGAUGGACCUCACAUGGAAGCUUUUGUAUUCUAUAAUUUAGUUUUGCACUUCAGCUGCCGUUAAUUAUCACUACUUGCUUAAACUUAAUCAUAGUUUUGAUGUUUCUUUACGAUCAUCGAGCGAGCCAUGAACAGUUUUGUGUUGAAACUUUUGUGAUCUUGUAAACUUAGUCAUAGUUUUGAUGUUUCUAUAUGAUCAUCGAGUGAGUGAUGAACAGUUUUGUGUU